AUCUCAAUCACAAUGCCUGAACCACAAGCCAAGGCUGCGCCCAAGAAGGGCUCCAAGAAAGCCGUUACCAAGGCUGCCGGCAAGGGCAAAGGAAAGAGGAGAAAGGCCAGGAAGGAGAGCUAUGCCAUCUACGUGUACAAGGUGCUGAAGCAGGUCCACCCUGACACCGGCAUCUCGUCCAAGGCCAUGAGCAUCAUGAACUCCUUCGUCAACGACAUCUUCGAGCGCAUCGCUACUGAGGCUUCUCGUCUGGCUCACUACAACAAGAGAUCCACCAUCUCUUCCAGGGAGAUCCAGACUGCCGUGCGUCUCCUGCUGCCCGGCGAGCUGGCCAAGCACGCUGUGUCUGAGGGCACCAAGGCUGUCACCAAGUACACCAGCUCCAAGUAAAUUGAUCUCUCGAUUUACACAAUCAACGGCUCUUUUAAGAGCCACUCACUUCUUCAUAAGAGUUAUUCCUACACAAGUUGUGGCUUUUUCUCCUGCCUAAGUUAGAACUCCACGGUUAAAGUGUAUGCAAUUGACCCUCAUAAGCCUAUUAUAAUGUAACAAUACAUGUGUGAUAUUGAACGCUAGUGGCCUCCUGGAUAGAUCAGUAUAUUGUAGGAUUAUGUUUAAUUUUGUCAGUGACAGCUCAGAAAUAAUUGUAAUUUCUACUUUUUGUUGUAAACCAUGCAUGUAAAUUAACACUCAACUGUAUAAAUUCGACGGUAAAUUCCUGGCAUGAGCAUUUUAACAAAACCGACAAAAUAUACA